AUGCGUCAAUAUGAGUCUUCAACAUCAAUUUUAACAAAUGACAAGAUGAUCUAUUACUUAAUGAAUGAAGAUGAUGCUCUACAAGACAUGGCAAACACAAUUAAAGAGAUAAAGGAAAUUUUAGGUUUAUCAUCAGUAGCAAUAGUACGCUUAUUACUCAAUCAUUUCCAUUGGGAUCAAUAUACUCUGAAUGAUCGUUACUGGGAGGAUCCUGAUAGAUUAUUUCGAAUAUUGCAUCUGACUAAUCCAAAUACAUCAGUAAAAAUUGAUUUUAAUCCUCAGUCACCAUCAUCGAAUGUUGAGCAAGAUCCAUCAUUAAAAUCAAACAAUCGUGAACUUGUUACAUGUAGCACUUGUUGUGUAGAAAAACCUAGAAAUGAAUUCUAUUCAUUAUCUUGUCGUCAUCAACAUUGUUUAGCAUGUUGGCAGUCGUACCUUGAAUCAAAAAUUGUACACAGUCCCGAUGGGAAAGUUAUUUCAUGUCCAUCGAACUGCAAUCAAAUCGUUGAUGACGAACAAAUUUUUCGCUUAUUAUCUAAUAACGACCGGUUAAAAAAACUUUUUCAAAAAUUAUCAGUAAAUACAUACGUCGAAACAAAUCGUUUAACACAUUGGUGUCCUGGAAAUGCAUGUUCAACAAUAGUAAAAUUACAAUCUGCUUUGCUUGAUAGUGCACAAAUGAUAUCCUGUGAUACAUGUAAAACGAGUUUUUGUUUCCAAUGUUUACAUCAAUGGCAUGAUCCAAUUCAAUGUUCACUAUUACAAAAGUGGGAAAAGAAAAAUCGAGAUGAAUCCAUGACUUGUGAAUGGAUUGUAGCAAAUACUAAAGAUUGUCCGAAUUGCCAUGCGAGUAUUGAAAAAAAUGGUGGUUGUAAUCAUAUGACUUGUCGAAAGCCAGGAUGUAAUUUUGAAUUCUGUUGGUUAUGUUUUAAUCCUUGGAAAGAUCAUGCAUCUAGCCAAUGCAACGUUUAUAAGGACGAGGAUAAUGAUAAAAAUAAAUUAUCGGCCCGUGAAAGUCUUGCACGGUAUAUGCAUUAUUUUACACGUUAUCAAACACAUAAUCAAUCGCUUGAAUUAGAAGGUAAGCUUUCAGAACAAGCUGAAAAACGAAUCUAUGAAAUGCAAACGGAAGCACAAUCAUACACUGCACAGCAAGCGAUUUAUAAAGCAUUUAAUGUUUUAAAAGAAUGUCGAUGUACAUUGAAAUACACGUACGCAUUCGCUUAUUAUUUACAUCGAAAUAAUCAAGCUGAAGUAUUUGAACAAAAUCAAGCAGAUUUAGAACGAGCAACAGAAGCUUUAUCCGGUUAUUUAGAACAAGAAAUUGAUUCGGAUCCGAAUCUAUCAAUAAAAUUAAUGGAUAAAACACGGUAUUGUGAUCAACGACGACAAAUUUUACUUAAACAUUGUAAAGAAGGCUAUGCUGAACACUAUUGGGCUGGAUUAAAUCCAUAUUGA